CGCUGCAGCGACGUCACCGGAAGGCCUAGCAUUCCUUUGGCAGUGCUGUGUGGCGGAGAGGUGGCAGUCCGGUGUGUGCUGUCGGUCACUUGCAGACACAGUCAGGGUGUAGUUAGGUGUACGGAGGAGAGGGGGUGACCUCCGCUGGGUGUAGUUGAGCUCUCCGGCCGGCCCUGGUGAUAGGGGCGCCGCGUUGCGUGAUACAUUCGUCGCCCUUCAAUCUAAGCGCGCUCCCAUUGGUCGCCUCGUUGUACCGGCAGCAUGGUGAAGAAGAACAGCAUCCCGGAGAGGUGGCGCUCUCUGACAGCCAUUGGAACUCGAGUUCCAGGAUCCCGGUUUAUUGCCUUCAAAGUACCUCUGAAAGGGGCCACAAAUCAACGUGUGACACAGACCCAGAAAUUUACCCCUAAGGAUUUGGUAACUUCAAUUCGCAACCAAAAUGAAGAACUUGGAUUGAUCGUAGAUUUGACAAACACUGAACGCUACUAUACAACUAAGGAUUUGCCUAGAAGUGUGAAGUAUGUGAAGCUACACACGGCAGGUCUCAAAAUACCAGAUGAUGCAACAGUCCACCAGUUCAAGAGACUUGUUCGACAGUUUCUUUUUGCCAAUGAAGAUAAUGAUAAACUAAUUGGUGUUCACUGCACAACUGGGAUUAACAGGACAGGAUAUCUAAUUUGCAGAUACUUGAUAGAUGUAGAUGGAUGGCGACCCCUGCAUUCAAUUACCGCUUUUGCAAAUUCCCGUGGGCAUCCAAUUGAAGGAGCAGUUUACAUUGAGGAUCUAAUUAAAGGACCUAUGCGAAGCAAUGUUGGCAUAGAUCUGCCUCCAACGGAAGAAGAGCAAAGAGCUCUGAAUAGUGGUGGAGAUCUACUAAGAGAUGAACAAGGAAAUGACUUUGGAGAUUUUGAUGCUCGUGAUAGGCGGCCUAUGCCACCAAUGAGAUCCGAUGACUGCCUUGAUGAUUUUGAUGCGAGGGGAGCAAGGGUUGCCCCUAGAAAUAUACUAGGUGAUCACGAUCUUCGAUUACCUUCGCUUGAGCCUCAGAACACACAUUACAUAGGGGAUAUGGAAGAGCCUAUGUAUCCUCCUGAGAGGUUAAGAAGACCUGGAGAUUUCCAUCCAGAUAUGGAAAGCUUCCAUGACCCUACACCAAGGCCACUCAUGAGCAUUCCAGCUCGUGCACCAAGAGAGAUGGAACAACCUUUUGAAGACCCUGGGAUGUUAAAUGAAGGCAUGGAUUAUGAUAUGAGAUCAAGGGGUCGCCCAAUGCAUGCCAUGCAAUCACAAGACUUUUCUUCAGAUAUGCAAUAUGAUGAUCCUUCCGCUCACCCGUUACAAAUGUUUCCACACAAUAAAAUGAAUAAUCCUGCCUUUGAAGAAGAAGGAGAAGAAGAAGAAGCUGAGCACAUAAUGAAUAGUGAAUUACCUUAUAGAGAGGGUUUUAUUGGCAAUGAAACCCCCAGGUUUGACCCGAGAGGUAGAGGAGCGAUGAGAGGUUCCUUCCGAGGUCCUGUAAAUGAAAGGAUGCAGCCAAGAAUUGCAAGACCAAUGGGAGGACCCAUGGGAGAAAGAAUGAACCCUAGAGAUUCAAGGCUUAUGGCAGGACCUGCAAGUGAAGACCUGCAUCCAUUCAUGGAUGAAACUAUGAAUGAAAGAAUGUAUCCAAGAGAAGGUUCUAUGAAUGAACACAUUCCACGAAGAAAUACAAGGCCCAUGAAUCCACAGAUGGGUGAAAGGGGACAUCCAAGAGAAGCAGCCUAUAUGGAAGAUACUCCAUACAUAGAGGAUUCUAUGAAUGACCAAUUGAACAUAAGAAAUGCCAGAGCAAGUAAAGGCUUCAUGAAUGAAAAGUUACACCCACAAGCAAUACGGAGCAUGGAAGGGCCAAUGAAUGAAAGGAUGCCUCAAAGAGGUUUCCGGGGCAUGCAAGGUCCGAUGAAAAACAGGGCACAGCUCAUGAAAGGCCCAUUAUCUGAAAGAAUACAUCCAAACCCUGCACAGCUCGUGGACUAUUCCAUGAAUGAAAGGAUGGACCCAAGACCAGGACAAAAUAUGGAAGAUCCUGGAUAUGAAGAGAUGCAGCUAAAUGACCCAAGAGCAAUGGGUGGUCCCAUGAAUGCUCGGAUGCCCCAGAGGGGUGCACGUUCUGGGCCAAACUCCAUGGGUGACCGAGGGUAUCCAGGAGGUACAAAAGCAAUGGAUGGCUCUAAUAAUGAUCACAUGUACCCAAGAGAUGGUGGAGAUGGCAUGUACCCUAGACCUACACGCCCCACUGAAAACCCUAUGAAUCGGCCAUACCCAACUGGUGCUCGGGCCACAGAUGGCUCCAUGAAUGAAUGGAUGCCACAGGGUAAUGCAAGAGCCAUGGAAAGGCCUGUAAAUGAACGGAUGCAUCCAGUGCCAACAAGAGGACCAAGACCAAUGGAUGGAUCAAUGCAUGAGGAUUUUGCAAGACCAUAUGAGGCGAGGAAUAUUAAUCCUUCAGAAGAAUCGAUCCGGCCACCCAACAGGUUUGCGCCAUAUCCCCCCAAGAAGCCAUUAGAAGCCCCGGAGUUAAGAGGACCACAUAAUAUGGCGCCUCCUGCUCAUCCCCUUGGUAUGCCCGAGAUGGGUGGCCAGUUCCCACCACAAAGAAGAAGCAGAUUUCAUUACUGAGACGCUUGUGUUAAAGAAAAAAAUCCCUUUAAAAUUGUAAUAGUAGAUUUUGUUGUACACACUGUCAAGUGAGUUGUCAUAGGCAGUGUAUUGUUGCAAUGACUUUAUCUUUUACCAAACAGAACUUUUUGUUUUAUUAAAGGUGUUCGAGUACAAGUAGAUUCAAUAUA